GCGUUUUCCAUGUGCGCUGGAGUAAUCAGAGAGAAGUGGAUAAUAGUUGUUAGAGCUCUCUCUCUCCCUCUCUCCUGCCAUGCUGGGCCAGAUAGGCUCAACCAGACGUGUAUCUACCCAUAUCCGGGUUAGAGAGGAAAAGAAAAAAGUUUCAUUUAAACCUGAACAACAACAACAAAAAACUUUCAACAUGAAAUCACACAGCAGGAACAGGCAAAGACCGUAAGGCAUUCUUACAAUUUCUAAUCUCCAUCAAGGACUUGGGGAGGGGAAUUUUGGAUCAUUUCUUUUUUUAUUUCGCGCGUGUGAGUAUGGAGUGAUCAGAAGGCCUUUUUAUUUCUUCACCUACAUCCAGUGGCUCCGCACCGCGGGGCUGUUUUUCGGGGUGGGAGCGUUGCCUUUUGCCCCUUUUGUAGCCAGGGGGAGGUCGAUUGAUUCUCUCUCUCCCCCGCCUCCCCCCCCCCCCCGGCAAUGUUGCAAUGAUCAUGGCCGCGCAAGUCGCAGCGGCUCCGGCGGGUGCGAACAAGAACAAAAACCCGAGUUUGCCGGGCAACUUAAGCCAGGAUCUCAACUCCGGGGGUCCGGUUGCUGGGACCGGAGGAGCUGCUGGACCGGGGUUUGGAGAUGGGACUAGCAACAUCGGCUUGAAUAAUGUAGAUCACCGUCUCCACCACCAUAAUGAACUGAACAUGGCCAAUAAUACAACUUCUGCUGCUGCUGCCGCCGCCACCACCGGUAAUAACAACAACAGCGCGAGCAGCGGCGGCUGCUCCUCAGAAUCGGUCCUGAAAGAAGCUGGAAGCUCCUCGGGCUUGUCUUCUUCCUCGUCUUCUUCUACCCCGACUAUGGAGACGGGGCUGCUCCCCAACCACAAGUUGAAAAGCGUCGGAGGCGAUCACCCUGCCGGCGCGCCUGCCCACCACCCCCAUGCCCAGCACCCGCACCCAGCUCACCUCCAUGCCCAGCUCCCCCAUGCUCACCACCACCACCACCACCACCACCACCACCACACACUUCAACCACCACAGCAACAACAGCUAAAUCAAUUCCAGCCACAGUCGCCGCCUCAGCACCAUCCGAUGCAGAAUAACAACACCGGCGGCGGCGGCGGCGGCAGCAGCAGCAGCAACGGCGGUGGCGGCGCUGCUCAGCCCAGCAGCGCAGACAUGGAGCAGCAGCAACAACAUGGAGGGAAGGACGGCGGCUUGGGGGGACAGGCCGAGCCCCAGAGCCAGCCGCGGACCCUGCUGAAUAAAGGCGGGGACCAGGAAGAGGCGACGACGACGCCCGACAAAAUGGGCGAGCAGCACCUCGGCAGCCGCUACGAUCACUCCGGCUUGGGACCUUUGGGCGGGCAGCAGCCGCAGCCGCCGCCACCUCCGGGAGCGGGCAGCAGAGGCGGAGGCGGCGGCGGCCCCUCCGCGGUGGGUGUCUCGGAGUUUAAUAGCUAUUACGGUAACGCUGGCAGCAUCGGCGGAGGCGCCUCCUCGGCGAGCCGGGCCGGGCCUUGCUUUGAUCAACAUGGCGGACAACAAAGCCCCGGGAUGGGGCUAAUGCACCCCGCGGCGGCCCCCAGCAGCAUGGACCCCCUGUCCAACUCUCACGAGGGCUAUGCCAACAGCCAGUACAACCACUACCCCAGCACUUACGGCCGGCCUGGCAGCGGCGGCAGCGCGGGAGGAGGAGGAGGAGCGGGAGUCGUGGCGGCGGCUGCAGCAGCAGCAGCUGCAGCAGCGGGAGUAGGAGGUGGUGGCGGCUAUGGGGGCUCGCCUUCUGGCUUCGGGCUUCUGAGUUCCCCCCGGCAGCAGCAGCAGAGCAUGAUGCUGGGCCCCGGCGGAGGGGCCAGCCUGAGCAAGGCGUCCGGGGCUGCAGGCUUCCAAAGGUUCUCCGGGCAAACCCAACACCCGUCUGGGGCCACCCCAACCUUGAACCAGCUGCUCACGUCCCCCAGCCCCAUGAUGAGGAACUAUGGCACCGGCUACUCCGAUUAUAGCAACCCUGGUGCUGCCCCGGCACAGCAGCAGGCUCAGGGAGUAGCUGCGGCAGCCGUCCCGGGAAGCCAGCAGGCAGCAAUGGGCAUGGGAAAGGACAUGGGUGCCCAAUAUGGAGCUGCGAACCCAGCCUGGGUAGCAGCAGCAGCACAACAAAGAAAUCAUCCGGCUCUGAGCCCUGGGAACACUGGACAGACCAUCAUCAGGAGCCAGGGCAACCCAAUGGAUUCAAUGGUGAUGAAGAGACCUCAGUUGUAUGCAGUGGGCAACAGCCCACAUACCCAGACGCAACCAAGCAGUCCAUACCCUGGGCAAUCAUAUGGACCUCCAGGACCACAACGUUAUCCAAUGAAUAUGCAGACCCGGACUCCAGGUUCCAUAGGAGGAAUACAGUAUCCACAGCAACAGAUACCACCUCAAUAUGGUCAACAAGGUGUAAGCGGUUACUGCCAACCGGGCCAACAGCCAUAUUAUAACCAGCAACCACAACCUCAGCAUCUGCCUCCACAGGCCCAAUAUCUGUCACAGGCCCAACAGAGGUACCAGACGCAGCAGGAUAUGUCUCAGGAAGGCUAUGGAACCAGAUCCCAACCACCCCUUUCCCAAGGCAAGCCUAACCACGAAGAACUGAACCUAAUACAACAAGAGAGACCAUCAAACUUACCAGUUGAAGUCUUGGCCUCGGAGGAUGCUUCAUUUGGACUCAAGGAUUUACCUUGCUCCAUUGAUGACCUGCCUACAGGAACAGAAGCAACACUGAGUUCAGCAGUUAGUGCAUCAGGUUCUACAAGCAGCCAAGGAGAACAGAGCAACCCAGCACAGUCACCUUUCUCCCCUCAUGCCUCCCCACAUCUGUCCAGCAUCCCUGGGGGCCCAUCCCCUUCCCCCGUGGGCUCUCCUGUUGGAAGCAAUCAGUCAAGAUCUGGUCCCAUUUCUCCUGCAAGUAUCCCAGGUAAUCAGAUGCCAUCCCAGGCUCCUGGAAGUCAACCAGAAUCCAGCUCCCAUCCUGCCUUAAGCCAGUCACCAAUGCCACAGGAGAGAGGUUUUUUGUCAGGCGUGCAGAGAAACCCACCAUUAUCUCAGUAUCCACCUCAGCCAACUGGACCUUCCAUGUCACCACAUCCUUCCCCGGGAGGCCAAAUGCAUUCUGGAAUUAGUGGCUUUCCACAGAGUAAUUCAAGUAAUACUUAUGGAACUCAGAUAAACCAGUAUGGGCCACAAGGAAACUACUCCAGGCAGCCAACGUACUCUGGAGUGAACAACACAAGUUACAGUGGCCCAGGACCUGGCAUGGGUAUAAAUGCCAACAACCAAAUGCAUGGACAGGGGCCAGGUCAGCCUUGUGGUACCAUGCCCCUGGGAAGAAUACCAUCAGCUGGGAUACAGAGCAGACCGUUUCCUGGAAAUAUGAGCAGUAUGACCCCCAGUUCGCCAGGCAUAUCUCAGCAGGGAGGCCCAGGGAUGGGCCCACCCAUGCCAACUGUGAACCGUAAGGCACAGGAGGCAGCUGCAGCAGUGAUGCAGGCUGCUGCAAACUCCGCCCAGAGCAGGCAAGGCAGCUUUCCUGUCAUGAAUCAAAGUGGCAUCAUGGGAUCCAGUUCCCCCUACAGCCAGCCAAUGAACAACAACUCCAGCCUGAUGAACCCUCAAGCUCCUCCUUACAGCAUGGCAGCUAGCAUGGUGAACAGUUCCACAGCACCUAUGGGUCUUGCAGAUAUGAUCACCCCAGGCGAGUCCAGACUACCCAUAUCUCUCAAACCAGAUGGAAAAGAAGAAGGGCCUCCUCAGCCGGAGAGCAAAAAGGAUAGCUACAGCUCUCAGGGUAUUUCUCAGCCCCCAACCCCAGGCAACCUGCCAGUCCCUUCCCCAAUGUCCCCAAGUUCUGCUAGCAUCUCCUCAUUUCAUGGAGAUGAAAGUGAUAGCCUUGGCAGCCCAGGCUGGCCAAAGACUCCAUCAAGCCCUAAGUCAAGUUGCUCUACCACAACCGGAGCUAAGAUGACUGAGCUGGGCAAUUAGGCAGAGCGUCCGUGCUGGUUGAAUUGCUAUCUGAACUUCAUGGCCGGAAGGAGGACCUUCGAAACCAGCCUACCCGCUGUAGGCAAAAAACCACUAGAUCUUUUCAGACUUUAUGUUUGUGUUAAAGAGAUUGGAGGUUUAGCCCAGGUUAAUAAAAAUAAGAAGUGGCGUGAGCUGGCAACUAACCUAAAUGUAGGCACUUCAAGCAGCGCAGCCAGUUCCCUGAAAAAACAAUAUAUUCAGUACCUGUUUGCUUUUGAAUGCAAGAUUGAACGAGGGGAGGAGCCGCCUCCCGAAGUCUUCAGCACUGGAGAUACCAAGAAACAACCUAAGAUUCAGCCGCCAUCUCCUGCUAACUCGGGUUCUCUUCAAGGUCCGCAGACCCCUCAAUCUACUAGUAGCAAUUCCAUGUCAGAAGUGCCAGGCGAUCUCAAGCCUCCAACACCAGCAUCUACACCUCAUGGACAGAUGACACCUAUUCAGGGCAGCAGGAAUAGUUCCAUUAGUGUACAUGAUCCUUUUUCAGAUGUAAGUGAUUCAGCAUUUCCAAAGCGAAACUCCAUGACCCCAAAUGCGCCCUAUCAGCAGGCAAUGAAUAUGCCAGAUAUGAUGGGAAGAAUGCCCUAUGAACCGAACAAGGACCCUUUUGGUGGGAUGAGAAAAGUGCCUGCAAAUAGUGAACCCUUCAUGACCUCUGGACAAAUGCCCAACAGUGGAAUGCAAGACAUGUAUAAUCAGACUCCAUCUGGAGCAAUGUCCAACAUGGGCAUUGGCCAACGCCAGCAGUUCCCCUAUGGAAGUGGUUAUGACCGGAGGCAUGAACCAUAUGGACAGCAGUAUCCAGCACAAGCACCUCCUUCAGGACAGCCACCUUAUGGAGGACACCAAGCUGGAUUGUAUCAUCAACAGCAGAAUUACAAACGUCAUAUGGAUGGCAUGUACGGGCCUCCCACAAAACGCCAUGAAGGAGAUAUGUUUAACAUGCAGUACAGCAACCAACAGCAAGAUAUGUUUAACCAGUACAGUGGCGCUUAUUCUGGACCAGACAGGAGGCCAAUACAGGGUCAAUAUCCAUAUCCUUAUAACAGAGAGAGGAUGCAGGGUCCAGGACAAAUGCAACAGCAUGGAAUACCUCCUCAAAUGAUGGGUGGCCCUAUGCAGUCAUCAGCCUCCAGUGAAGGACCCCAGCAGAACAUGUGGCCCACAAGAAAUGAUAUGCCUUACCCAUAUCAAAAUAGGCAAGGCCCUGGUGGCCCUGCACAGGCCCCACCUUAUCCAGGGAUGAACCGCACUGAAGAUAUGAUGGUACCUGACCAGAGGGUAAACCAUGAAAACCAGUGGCCUUCUCACAUCAACCAGCGCCAGCCUUCUUACAUGUCAUCCUCCGCUUCCAUGCAACCAAUCACUCGACCUCAGUCAUCCUACCAGACACCAUCAUCAAUGUCAAAUCACAUAUCUCGGGCUCCAAGUCCUGCAUCUUUCCCCCGCUCUUUGGAAAACCGUAUGUCUCCUAGUAAAUCCCCUUUCCUGCCCUCCAUGAAGAUGCCAAAAGGUAUGCCCACUGUUCCAGUUUCACAGGUCACAGGUCAUCCAACUCAGCCAUCAUCAAACAGACGAGAAAUAACUUUCCCUCCAGGCUCUGUAGAAGCAUCCCAGCCAGUCUUGAAACCAAGACGAAAGAUUACCUCAAAAGACAUUGUAACUCCUGAGGCUUGGAGAGUGAUGAUGUCUCUUAAAUCGGGCCUUCUUGCUGAAAGUACUUGGGCUUUAGACACUAUUAAUAUCCUCCUCUAUGAUGACAGUACUGUGGCUACUUUCAACCUUUCUCAGUUAUCUGGCUUUCUUGAACUUUUGGUGGAAUAUUUUAGAAAAUGCCUGAUCGAUAUUUUUGGGAUCCUUAUGGAAUAUGAAGUGGGGCAUCCAGGAUCAAAAGUGCUAGAUCAUAAUUCAGACGCCAGAAAAGAAGAGAACGACGAUGAAUGUAGUGCUUAUUUUGAUGAAUUGGAGGAAGAGGAGGAGGAGGAGGAGGAAGAAGAAGAGGAAAAUGAGAAAACUGAAGAAGAAAAAAGCACUGUUCUUGCUCUCUCAGAUGCCAUUGCUGAGCCAACUGAGAGGCCAAAACAAGCCAGUAAAUUUGACAAGCUGCCUAUAAAAAUUGUAAAAAAAAAUAAUCUUUUUGUUAUUGACAGAUCUGACAGACUUGGACGUGUUCAGGAAUUCAACAGUGGACUUCUCCACUGGCAGCUUGGUGGGGGUGAUACAACAGAGCACAUCCAGACCCAUUUUGAGAGUAAGAUGGAGAUCCCCCCUCGCAGGAGACCGCCUCCUCCAUCAAGCUAUUUAAUUAAAAAGAAGAAUGGGGAGGGAAAAGGAGAAUCUGAAGAACAGCAAGACAAAAGCAUAUCAGCCACCAUUGAUGAUGUCUUGUCGGCUCGUCCAGGAGCAUUGUCUGAAGACUCAGACUCAGCUUCCCAGACAGAUAGCAGUAAAUUUCCAUUUGGGAUCCAUCAGGCCAAAAGUCAUAGGAAUAUCAAGCUGCUAGAGGAUGAGCCAAGGAGUCGAGAUGAAACUCCACUAUGCACUAUAACGCAUUGGCAGGACUCUCUGGCCAAGCGAUGCAUCUGUGUGUCAAAUAUUGUCCGCAGCUUAUCUUUUGUGCCAGGCAAUGAUGCCGAAAUGUCAAAACAUCCAGGCUUGGUGCUGAUCUUGGGAAAGUUGAUCCUUCUCCAUCAUGAACACCCAGAAAGAAAGCGUGCACCACAGACGUAUGAAAAAGAGGAAGAGGCGGACAAAGGGGUAGCCUGCAGCAAAGAUGAGUGGUGGUGGGAUUGCCUUGAAGUCUUGAGGGACAAUACAUUGGUCACAUUAGCCAACAUUUCUGGGCAGCUAGACUUAUCUGCUUACACAGAAAGCAUCUGUUUGCCAAUUUUGGAUGGCUUACUGCACUGGAUGGUGUGCCCAUCUGCAGAGGCACAGGAUCCUUUUCCAACUGUGGGGCCCAAUUCAGUCCUGUCGCCUCAAAGACUUGUACUGGAAACCCUGUGUAAACUCAGUAUCCAAGACAAUAAUGUGGAUCUUAUCUUGGCCACUCCCCCAUUCAGUCGUCAGGAGAAACUCUAUGCUACUUUAGUUAGGUACGUUGGGGACCGCAAAAAUCCAGUCUGCCGAGAAAUGUCCAUGGCACUCUUAUCAAACCUUGCCCGGGGGGAUACAUUAGCAGCAAGGGCAAUAGCUGUGCAAAAGGGAAGCAUUGGAAACUUAAUAAGCUUUCUUGAGGAUGGGGUCACUAUGGCCCAGUACCAGCAGAGCCAGCAUAACCUCAUGCACAUGCAACCCCCACCUCUGGAGCCACCAAGUGUGGACAUGAUGUGCAGGGCAGCCAAGGCUUUGCUGGCCAUGGCUCGAGUGGAGGAGAACCGCUCAGAGUUCCUGUUACAUGAGGGCCGUUUGCUGGAUAUCUCCAUAUCUGCUGUUCUGAACUCUCUGGUUGCAUCUGUCAUCUGUGAUGUACUUUUUCAGAUUGGACAAUUAUGACAUAAGUGAGAAGCCAAGCAUGUGUGAGUGGAGAUUAGAGGGUCACAUAUAACUGGCUGUUUUCCGUACUUGUUUAUCCAGUGUAGGAAGAAGGGAAAAAGAAUAUUUGCUCCUCUGCCCCAUUCACUAUUAUCAAUUGGAAAUUAAAAGAAAUUAUUAAUUUGAACAGUUAUAAAAUUAAUAUUUGCUGUCUAUUUGUAUAAGUACAUCUUUUAUUUUAUUUUUUUAACCAAAGUUGCUGUCUAGUACAUUCAAAGGUCACAGUUUUUCCUACAGAUAUCCUUUUCAGUGUUAUUUUUUCCAUAUUGUAUCACUUUUUUGGGGGGGAGGGGAAGCAAACUAGAGAAAUUGGGGAGGUAAAAUAUUGCAAAACACAAUUGGUGAGGAAAGAAUAGUUUCGCUACACUGAAGAGCAAAAGUGGGAAAAAUGUACCAAGUUACUGUGUGUUUCAUUUUUCAAGAACAAAAGAAAACCCAGCCACCCUUUUCACCGUUGCCCAAAGCGUUCUGUGCAAUAGAAGAAUGUUAGUGAUGUAGGUGUAGCGGAUCAAGGAAAGGGGUGGGUCCAUAGACUGCAUGGGAAAUUACCUUGGGUUUCUCCACAGGAGAAUGGUUACAUUAGGGUAGGAGCAAAACAAGUUCUUUAGGAAGUUUGCAACACAAACCUGAAGAUGAUCAACAUAAAUUGCUUCCUCAUCAGAACUGUCUCAUCAGUAUCUAUUGUUAGACCUUCCAUAAUGCAGUUCUUCACAAUUCCUUUGAAUCAUUUUUUAAAUAUUUUUUAUUGCCUAAGGGCCGUGAUGUAUAUAGAAGUUGUACAUUAAACAUACCCUCAUCUCUGUUUUUAUAUAAAUACAAGGAUUUAAUUCUUUUUUCAUAAUGUGGUAACUACAAAGUGAUGGUAGAAUUAAUUUUAUUAUUAUUAUUAUUAUUUUUGUUUGGGCCAUCUCUCCAAAAAUAAUUAAAAAUCACCACCACCACGAGGGUAAUGUACAAGUUUCUGUAUGUAUAAAGUCAUGCUCUAUUUCGGGAGAGCAAUUGCUCACAACUUGCUUUAUAAAUCAAGAUGUGGAAAUGGUUACGAAUGGAUUGAUUUAAUAAAACAGUUACCUGUCUACAGACAAAAAAAUUGCAUAUACAGGAAAAAAGGAAGAAAUACAACUUCAAAGAUUUUUCAGUGAGAAGAAUCCACAUUUGUAUUUCAAAAUAAUGUAGUUUAAAAAAAGAAAAAACUUGAUGUAAAUUCCUCCUUUUCCUCUGGCUUAAUGAAUAUCAUUUAUUCAAUAUAAAAUCUUUAUAUGUUCCACAUGUUAAAAAUAAAUGUACAUUAAAUCUUGUUAAGCACUGUGA